ACAAAGAAUAAGCAAAACCGAGAAGAAGAAGAUGGUGAAACUGGAGAACAUGAAGAACAUCUCCUCGUCAGAUUCUGUCAUCAAUCUGGAUCAUGGAGAUCCAACGGCGUAUGAAGAAUACUGGAGGAAGAUUGGUGACAGGUGUACGGUGACGAUACGUGGUUGUGAUUUGAUGAGUUACUUCAGCGACGUGAACAACAUGUGCUGGUUCCUUGAGCCGAAGCUUGCGGAAGCCAUCAAGGAGUUGCAUGAUGCGGUCGGAAACGCAGCGACGGAGGAUAGAUACAUCGUGGUUGGGACCGGUUCGACCCAGCUUUGUCAAGCGGCCGUCCAUGCACUAUCUUCACUCGCUGGGACCCAACCUGUUAGUGUCGUCGCCGCCGCACCUUAUUACUCCACGUAUGUAGAGGAGACAACGUAUGUUCGGUCGGGUAUGCACAAGUGGGAAGGAGACGCGUGGGGUUUCGACAAGAAAGGUCCUUACAUCGAGCUGGUGACGUCACCCAAUAACCCAGACGGCACAAUCAGAGAGACGGUGGUGAACCGUCCAGAUGACGACGAAGGCAAAGUGAUCCAUGACUUUGCCUAUUACUGGCCACACUACACUCCAAUCACUCGCCGUCAAGACCAUGAUAUCAUGCUCUUCACUUUCUCCAAGAUCACAGGCCACGCUGGGUCCCGCAUCGGGUGGGCAUUAGUGAAGGACACGGAGGUGGCAAAGAAGAUGGUUGAGUACAUAAUAGUGAACUCCAUUGGUGUGUCUAAGGAGUCACAGAUUCGAACCGCUGAGAUUCUCAAAGUUCUUAAGGAGACAUGUAAGAGCGAAACCGAGAACUUCUUCGAGUAUGGUCAUGAGAUGAUGAAAAACCGUUGGGAGAAGCUUCGUGGAGUGAUGAAGGAAAGCGAUGUCUUCUCUCUUCCCAAGUACCCUGAAGCCUAUUGCAACUUUUUUGGCAAAACACUCGGAUCUUAUCCUGCGUUUGCGUGGCUGGGGACGAAAGAAGAGACGGAUCUGGUUAACGAAUUGAGGAGACGUAAGGUUAUGAGCAGAGCAGGUGAACGUUGUGGUUCUGACAAGAAGCAUGUCAGAGUCAGUAUGCUUAGUCGUGAAGAUGUUUUCAAUGUGUUUCUCGAGAGGCUUGCAAACAUGAAGCUCAUUAAAAGCAUUGACCUAUAA